UUUUCUUGCAAUCGACUGACAGUUUGUUUUGUUUGAAGAGUGCGGUUACUGCAAGAUGAUUAAUUAGGAAUGUUGAGUGUUCAGGGUAUAAAGUUAUGGAAUAAUUAGUGUACGUCACUUUAUAGCACACUGUUACGAGCUGGUAAUUGCAAAUCUGUGCUUUGUUUUACUCUUUAAAGCAGUACCUAUGUAAACAAACACUAACGCUAACAGUGUAGAAGAUCAUCAAAACAAGUUAAAUGCUCUUAUUUAUUGAAUGGGUUUACAGAUUUAAAAACAUGCACAAUGGGUGUACAUGGACUGUGGAAUCUUAUCGAACCAUCUGGGAAAAUAGUGCCUUUGGAGACACUUGAAAAUAAAGUUCUUGCUGUUGACGUCUCUAUCUGGUUGCACCAAGUUGUAAAAGGUUUCCAGGAUACAAGAGGAAAUCCCUUACCUAAUGCUCAUCUCCUGGGAUUAUUUCAUCGCAUUUGCAAACUGCUGUUUUAUAAAAUAAAGCCAGUAUUUGUCUUUGAUGGUGGUGUCCCCCACCUAAAGAAGCAGACUGUGGCUGCUCGACAGCAGAAGAAGAAUAAAGCAGAAACGGAUGCUGAGCGUCUCAGGGAGAGAAUACUUACAAAUCUAAUUAAGCAUAAGGCAGUAAACAGUGCCCUUGGCAACAGUGAUUUGACCAAUGCUGCCAGGAUACAGAAACAUAAUGAUCAAGAUGAAAUGUUCAGAUUACCUGAACUCGGUGAAAAUAAGGAGGAGGAAGAAAACAGAUCAGAAGCCGAAGAUUCUGUCACCUCUGAAGAAGAUGAAAGCCCAUCAAAACGUGUACCAAGAGAUUUGCACUCUGUUGAUGUAAAUAGUGCACAGUUCAAAGCAUUGCCUGCAGAUGUUCGACAUGAAAUUCUUACUGAUUUGAGAGAAACGAGGAAGCAGAGUUCUUGGGGUAGACUGCAUGAAAUGCCAAAGGAGUCUGGAGACUUCUCAUCAUUUCAAAUGAGUCGCUUAUUAAAGAGACGUUCUGUUCAAGUUUCCUUAGAACAGGCAGAAAAGGAAAUGGGUGGCCAUACCCUAAGUUUGCGUGAAAUGGAAGAAAUGCUUAAGGAACAGGGUGUAAACACAUCCUUAAAUGUAGGCAGUAGAAUAGCUUCUGACAAUGUGACAAGGUUUAUCUACAUUAAGGAUACUGGAAAUAAUGAAAAGCUUACAGGAGAAGGGAGUAGCAAAACUGUGCCUACAGUUGAAAGUGCAGCUGAUCAACAUUCGAAGUCCGAUGAAAGUGACAGUGACAUACGCACUGUCACAGAGAACAAUGUUGUUUAUGAAAGUAAUUGGAUAUCUGAUGAUGAGUUUGACCAUGAUGUGAGUGAUGAUGACGAAACAAUGAGGUUAGCAAAGAAUUUUAUGUUUGAAAAUAGUGGCCUGACACAAAAACAGAUAUUGAAAAUUAUUCAGGAUCAGAUACGUAAGAAAAAAGCUAAUAAAUCAUUGGAUUACACAAAUCCUCAACCAACAACAAGUAAAAGCGUACCACCAGAGGAUAAAUUAUUACAUUGUGAAGGGACUUCGGUCAACUCAAAUAAUCCUCAACCAACAACAAGUAAAAGCAUACCACCAGAGGAUAAUUUAUUACAUUGUGAAGGGCCUUCGGUAAACUCAAAUAAUUCUAAUCCAGAGGAUAAAUUAUUACAUUGUGAAGGGACUUCGGUAAACUCAAAUACUUCUAAUCCUCGUGAAGCAGAAAAUAAACUUAUAGAUUCUACGACUAUGAAAUUAUCUGAAACAAGUGAUAAGACAGUACCUGUUACAGACAUGCUGCAGUUGAAUGACAUGGACUCGUUGCUGAAAACAGAUCACGAAAAUGGAUAUGAGAAUGUUACAUGUGAAACAGAGAUAAACAGAAAUAUCAAUAAACACACUUAUAUUCAGGACACAUCUGUUGAAAAGGAAACAACAAACAGGGCUGUUUCACAGCAAAUUUGUUCAGAUGCCAGUGAAAAAUCUCCUGAAGCCGUUACCAUCAAAGAAACUAAGCUUAAUGAAGAAAGCAUCAUUGAAGUACAAUCAAGUGACAGUGAAGUAGAUUUUGUGGAAGUUAACAGCAAUGCAAAUAGUGCACAGAAUGUGAGUGACAUGAAAGCAAAGACUCUCCUUGAAGUUGUGAUUAAAAAAGAUGACUGCAACCUAGAUGAUGAUAUUUUUGCAGACAUCUUCACAAAAUCCCCGGAUGUGACAGAAGAGAAACACAAUAGUGCUCCUACUUCUAAUGUAGGUGAUGCAGGUAAUAAAAAUUUGCUGCAUGUUGAAGAUAAUGAAAACAGGAAUGAUCUCUCUUUUUCUCUUCCACAAAAAAUUGAUGCAAAGAAUGAAAAUGUAGUUGUUACUUCAAAGGAAUGUAACAUUAUUGAUGUGAAUACUGUGGACAUUAGCAGUAGUCAUAAUACUGGGCAUAUUGCAGAAGUGCCUUAUGCAGAUGAUGUGGCAGCAUCUGAGACAUUUGAACACAGCAAUGUAAAGCACAGCUUGAAAGUCACACAUGAAGAGGGCCAAGAGGAUUUCCAAGCAAUUAAAGAACUACAGACUCAAGAAAAAGUUCAGGAAGAUGCAGUGACAACUGAAAAACUGCAAACAAUGAAAAAUUUGCUGGAAGAAGAGCAGCGUGUAUUAUUCACUGAAAGGGGGCGACAAGAACGAUUAGCAUCUAGUAUAACAGAACAGAUGAAUUUGGAAGCUCAGGAACUACUACAGCUUUUUGGUAUACCAUAUGUUAUUGCACCAAUGGAAGCAGAAGCACAGUGCGCAUUUCUAGAUGCUGUUUCAUUGACAGAUGGAACAAUAACAGAUGACAGUGAUAUUUGGCUUUUUGGUGGACAGAAUGUUUACAAAAAUUUCUUCAACCAGAAAAAGCAUGUUCUGCAAUUCAAGGCAGCUGAAAUUCAACGAUAUUUCAGAUUGACACGCAGGCAGCUUAUAGUACUGGCUUUGCUGGUUGGUAGUGAUUACACUACUGGAUUAUCAGGCAUUGGCCCUGUAACGGCAUUGGAGAUAAUUUCAGCCUUUCCUUGUGGAAAUGAAGAUUCUGUAGAAGCAAUCACCAGGGGAUUGAGAAAGUUUCGUGAAUGGCUUAUCACAGGAAAAGCUGCUGGACCUGGUGGGAGAUCAGCACUCAGACAUAAGCUAAGGGACAUUAAACUAAGUGAAGGAUUCCCUAACACUGCUGUUGUAGAAGCAUAUGUCUUUCCUGAGAUUGAUCAUUCGAAAGAAACAUUUACAUGGAGCACUCCUGAUGUGUCAGCACUGCGAAAUUUUGCAAGAGAGAAGUUUGGGUGGACACAGAUGAGGACUGAUGAAAUUCUUUUACCUGUAUUGAAGAGACUCGGUGAGAGAAAUGUACAGAGGACAAUUGAAAAUUAUUUCAAAAGUAAACCAAUUUUCCGUCCUGUGGAAGGGAAACUAAGUAAAAGAGUGCAGAAAGCUGUAGAUCGUAUUGACAGAGGUGAAACUUCUUCUGAAACUGAAGAAGAGCCCAGGCCAAAGCGUAAACAGACCUCUGAAAAAUCUGCCAGAGUGAACAACAAAAAAAAGAAGUCAAUUAAAGAGGCAACUACAGUUACAGAGCAGCCAGGAAUUUCUUCUGAAGGAGCACAGGCAGUAGAUGAAAGUGUUAAAAUCAUUGCUAACCAGAAAAGUGCAUGUGUCCGUCGUGUUAGAAAGACAAAUGUUCAUCCUUAUAAGCAAUCAGGAGAGUUCAUAUUGCAGAGAGAGAAGGCAAAAAUAGAUUCCCUCAAAACAAAACUGAAGGCUAUAGAAAUAUAUCGUAUGUCAAAGAUAGAAAAUAAAAAAAAGUCAACCCGUAGUAAGCCAAAAGAACUGAAGGAGGCAAAUCUCUCGGAAAGCAGCAGUGAUGAAUAACACAUUUACAGCUAAUUGGUUUUUCUUUCAAAGAGCAAAAUUUCUACUGCAACCAGACACUACUGAAGUGUUUGGAUGUGGAUAAUAUGUUUUGAGCUCUCAGUCAUUCACUGCUAUUAUUUAACAUUUUUUAUCAUUUUAUGUAAGUAUUUAAUAAUCCUUUAAUACUGUUGUUGCAUUAUUUCACAAUGGUGAACAGAGUUGUUGGAUACUAUCCUCAUCCAUUUGUUCACCAAGAAAAACUGACCAGAAAAAUAUAUACAGUUAAUUUUUGGAUUUUAAUAUAUACAGUUAAUUUUUGGAUUUCACUGAGUUAGUCCUCAGUUCCUUGAGAUUUUCAUUUUAUCAUGAAACAUAAUUGAGAAAAGCGUGCCAGGACACCAUUCAGCAAAUCUGCUGACUGUUAAAAAUUGUGUGUGCAAACAACCAUUCAGAGCUGUCAAUCAAGUAUUUAAAAGAAAAAAAUGGGAAAAGAAGACAGCCAGCAUAAAAGGCAGCAACUGCCAGUUGAAUUUUUAUUAAAAUUUUCAGCUUGGAUUACAAAUCCUUUCUUUUCUUCUGAAAAAUAAAAAUAUCCAAUGUCUACACAGAACAAAGCAAUAAAAGUAAAAAUGGUGUUACAUGUUUUAUUUGAACUAAGUAACAUGUAAAUAAAUAAAUGUUUUAUUGUUGAUAGUGUUAUAUUUUAAAAGAAAUGUCUUUUCAUCUCAGCUACAGACUUCUCAAUAUGAUUUCAGGUAGUUAUUUGGUUCUUCUUUCUGUGAAAAGUCUCAUUCUUCUAUUUUUUGUAUUAGGUAUCCAUCUUCAUUGUUUGCUUUUCUUGAUCAUCAUAAUAUUGUUGUACUAAUUUUGAUGUUGAAUAUCAGUAUUCGCAUGCAUUUGUAUUGUCUUAUUGUACAUAUAUUUCCAAGUAUUUUGAAAAUCUAUAUUUUCUUUUGUACAUGUUGCGUAUACUUCUGUGAUAAAAAGUACAAAAUGAAUUAUGUUAAAUUUGUGUCAGAAUUUUUUUAAAAAAAUGUUGUUAGUAAACGUAUAUUCUUGUUUAUUUCUUGCCUUCCCUGCCUAAUGGAAACUGAAGGAACUGAUGGAGCCUGUCCAAGCACUUGGUAUUGUUAAAUGAAAUGGGGCAAAUAAACUGUGACAGUUAUCCAUGUCGUCAUAUGUGAUCAAAUUGAAGCUUUUUAAAGAGUAUAAUUGCUACAGAAAUUUCUGUGAUCUUCAAAACUUAUUUCAGCACGUAGAAUAAGAGUGCAGAUUGUUUGUGCCUCAUAAAAAAUAAAGUAUAUCAGAAAUUACUUGAGGAUAAAAGUGUCCAACACUACAGUCCUGACACAAAGAAACUCAAGAUAAUGUACUGUGGCUGUAGAAAGGAAACAAACCUGAAGGCAGUAUUAUGGAAAGAGCGAUGAAACAGGAGACAUGAUAUUAUGUGAAGAGAAUAUUUUUUUGUUUGUGUUCUACAGCUGUAAUAUAUUUUAGGUACCGGUAUGACAUUACAUAACACCGCAAGCCACUGUUCAACUUAAUCGUGAAUGUGUGACUGGUAUCUGUCAAAAACCAUUAUCCAGCAUCUGUUGUGAAACAUCUCUGAGAGAGGGAAAUUUCAUGUAAAACGGCUGUGUCAUCAUACACAUCAAAAAUAUAAUAUUUUCAAAUCAUGUUUAGUCAUGUAGAGGUGUAUGCACCUUACUGUAUGUAUAUUGCAAGUUUUUUUUUACUAGCUUUAUUGUAUGGGUUAAUAUUUUGUCAUCAACAGCUGAUUUCUUGGUCUUCAGUUUCUGUACAUCUUUGCCAGUCAAUCUUCUGUGACUUUUUGCAAGAACACAACAGCUGAUUUCUUGGUCUUCAGUUUCUGUACAUCUUAGCCAGUCAAUCUUCUGUGACUUUUUGCAAGAACAUGGUUCUGCAUGUUUUUUUGUACUUUAGCAACCCUCUUUUUUUGGACUUUCUUUCCAGUUUUUUUAUAUUUUUCUACCAGAGUCAUAUAAUUAUCAUUGAGUAUGUUUGCUUUUUCUCUACAAUCUGUAACCACCAAGUUGCCUAUUUUCAUUGACUUUAUCUUUGUGUGGUCCAUCUUUUUUCUGUCUUUCAGCAUCAGCUACAUUACAAGCAUUUUUUUUAUUUAUUUCUUUUAUUUAUUUAUUUAUUUAUUUUUCCCCACUGUGGUGGUGUUAGUUGCUGUUGCUUGGUUCGAAGAGAUUUCGUGAUUGAAGCUGGCUGUUGUAAACUUCAUUCUACAAUAUUUCAACUGGACACCUGCCAGUCAUCUUCAGGUGAGCCAUCGUAGACUGAUGAAGACGUUCUGCGCUCCGCCUUAUGUUGUUUGCUGAUGGUACUGCCAGGUAUGCUUCAGAGUCUCACUGACAGAAGGACCACACUUCCCGGCGGCAGUGCUCUCGCUGGUGGAACUGCAAGGAUCAGCUGUACUCGGUGUUGCCACUUGCGCCAGUUAUUGGAGUAUUUUGACGUCUUCUUGCAAAUCUGAGAGAUGAUGGGAUUCCACACAUUAUCCAGCUGGUAGCCACUGUUACGGUUCAUUAGUUUUUCCGCUAUGUGUUUCAAUGGAUUCUUUUAUAAUGGAGUCCCAAAAAGAUGUUGCUGUGGCCAAAAUUAAUGUUCUGUUGUAGUCUAUUGAAUGUCCAUUGGAGAUACAAUGUUCCGCAACUGCAGACCUGCUGGGUUGCAGAAGGUGAGUGCAGCAUUUGUGUUCUGUGCAACAUUCUUCCACUGUGUGUGUAGUUUGUCCUAUAUAGGCCAUACCACACUGGCAAGGUGUUAUGUAAAUUCCUGCCUUCUGCAAUAACAAAUUAUCUUUCACCUGAUAAUUGUUAAGGAUUCUCGCUGUUUUGAAGAAAAUAUUUCCAACGAAGGGAAGAAAAGCUAGUGACUUUGAUGGCGCUUUCUCAUUUUAAUCCACUUCCGGGUUCUCGGUUUUAGCUGAGAAUGCCCUGUUAAUUUGCGAGGUCGAGUUUCCAUUGUCUCUGAACACUGCUCUUAAAUGCGAAAGCUCUUUAGGAAUAUUACCUGCAUCCAACACUGUACGGGCCCUGUGUACAAGGGUUUGAAGCACACUCAUGAUUUGGGAUGGAUGAUAGCAACUUGAGGAGUGGGACUACAAAUCAGUGUGAUUAGGCUUAUGGUAAAUAGAAUGUCCCACAGAGCCGACACACUUCCGUCUAACCAAAACAUCCAGGAAUCCCCCAUCAGACCAUAUUAGUUUUCCUGGCUCCCAGUGAUUUAGCAAACGUCUGUAAACAUUUUCCCGGGUAUUAAAGACCCAUCCCUAUUUAAAUGCAUACACUUCUUUCCGAGGCAGUUUUCAUAGAAAUUGUGUGGGCCUAUGAAAACUGCUCUAAGAUGGACAUUGUUUUUUAAUGGCACAUUUUGUUUUAAACAUGUAUUUGUCACUUACUGACAUCCAUUUUAUUAUUCUGCAAAGUAUAAGCAGGGAUCCCGCAUGUACAUUUCUUGCCACUUAUGUAAAAUGAGGAUAUUUGUUUCAGUUUAAUACAUUAAAUGUAUUUCAUCCCUUAAGUGCAUGCAUAGGUCAACAGAUAACUUUUGUUGUUGUUAACAGUGAUCUUUGUAAUGUGUACAUAUUUUUCUACCAGUUUGUCUAAUGUAACAAUUAUUGCAAUGCACUUCAUAUACAGCUGAUUGGUGACAGUAGAAUAUUAGGUCAGAUUCAUGUCUUAUGUUGGACUGGAUAGUAUUUUCAGUAUGAAAAACGAUUUUUACUCCUGUUUUACAAAAGCUGUAGUGAACUUUAUUAGAUGUGGACCAGACUGCAUAUUUUGGUUCCUGUUUUCUCACUUCCAUUAUUAAUGCAAUUUUUUUAUACUAAUGUUAUAGUUUUUAUUUUUCUUAUCUCUAUAGAUUUCAUUUAUGAUCUUGAGAUUGUAUCCUGUUUACAUUUACAUGCCUACGUGUCUCAAUGUAUUCAGUUUUAUUUCAGUGUGUCUACUGCAUGUCACAGGACGACAUGAGGUUUCGCAGAUUAUCGCAUCAGAUGUGCUCAAUUUUCAGAAAACAUGAAUUGUUUGAGUCGUGUAUUCAUGAUGGAUGGUAACAUCUAAAAAGUUUAUACACUUUUGUUUUUCAUAUUUAAUGUUGAAUGGUAUGUUUUUGUACAGUUUUUGAGAAUUUUUGAGAAAGUGUUGAUGCCGCCUGUUUUGUUCCACUGAACAAAAUAAGCACCUGUAGCAUUGCAUUCUGUCCCCACAAACGCUAGUGUACAGUGGUAUAUAAACAUUUAAUGUAGCUAGUGUUUGUUGUUAUAAUUACUCUUUGACAUGAGUGAUAUAAACAAUUCCAUACCUCUAACAGUUAAUUGUUCAGCCUUCCACACUUGGAAGCUAUCCUGUAUAGAUAUGUUUUAUGUGGAAAUAAAUGUUCAAUUCUAGUAGAUACCACAUAUUUGGUGACUCCGACGAUAACACAACAACACGACUGCAUCGGCUUCAACGUUCUGCACCACAUCAUAACAUGAAUGUUCCUUACUUCCGUGUCAGCCACACCACUCUCGUUGUCACACAGACGCGGACAAUCUGUCAAUCACCGCAGAUACAGCUACAAGCAGCACAGUUAACAGGGUUAACUGGCAACAUAACUCGAUGUUGUGGUUAUGCGCAGCUUGAAAGCCAGUUCAUCCUUGUACAGAUAUCAUCAGACAGAAUGAAGUAUAGCUAUGUGGUUACAGCACUAACAGAAGACUUAGCUGCUGAAGUACAAGAUAUCCUCACUGCACCACUCAACGAUGGCUGGUGUGCGACAAUUAAGAAUGCGCUAGUGACGCACCUAUCACAGUCAGAAGUGAAACGACUCGAUAAGCUUUUGCAGACUGAGGAACU